UUCCGUUUCCGGUUGUUGUCUAUUUCGAAAGUAAACAUGUGGAAAGUAGGAGCUGUGUUGUUUCUAGUUUUUUCUGCUGUUGUGACUGCUGACAAUGAUGAUCAUGGAUCUGACGCUGUGUCACAUACAGCCGAAAGCUUCACCACCCAAGUGGAGGAGACAAAACAAUUUGUAAUGUUCUUUGCCCCAUGGUGUGGUCAUUGUAAGCGACUAGCUCCAACAUGGAAUGAAUUGGCCAAGAUUUUUAAUGACAAAGAAGAACAAGAAGUGGUCAUUGCAAAGGUUGAUUGUACUGUAGAGACAGCCCUCUGUGCCGACAAUGAUGUUACUGGUUACCCAACAAUUAAGUUCUUUUCUAAUGGUAAAGAUGGUGCUGUCAGAUACAAAGGAGGAAGGGAUCUGGAAGCUUUACAGAGCUUUGUUGAGGAACAGCUAGGACGGGGAGAAGAGGAAAAAGAAGAUGAAGAGGAACAGGAAGGACCACUUUAUGAGCUUAAUGAUAAAAACUUUGCUGGUUUCACAGAAACAGGGAGCCAUUUCAUAAAGUUUUAUGCCCCCUGGUGUGGACAUUGUAAACGUUUGGCUCCAAUUUGGGAAGAUUUAGCCAAGGAAUUAGAUGAUGAUGAUACUCCUGUUACUAUUUCUAAAGUUGAUUGUACAGUUAGCCAACAGUUGUGUAGUUCCCAUGAAGUUAGAGGCUAUCCUACUCUGUUGUUCUUCAAGGAUGGGCAAAAGGUUGAAAAGUAUGCAGGCCAAAGAGAUCUGGGUGCCUUUAAGGAAUUUAUCAAAAGGAUGGUUGACCAGAAAGAUGAAAAUGCUGAGAGAGAAGAGGAAAAAGUGCCAGAAAAAGUUCCAUCUCAGGAUAGUAAAGAUGGUGUUGUUGAUUUAACUGCAGGCAGUUUUAAAGCAGCCAUUGAUUAUGGAGUUACAUUUGUCAAGUUCUUUGCUCCAUGGUGUGGACAUUGUAAAAGACUGGCUCCUACUUGGGAAGAUUUGUCCAAGAAGUAUGUUGAUAUAGAAAGUGUACAGAUUGCCAAGGUGGACUGUACGGUUCAUAAAGACUUAUGUCAGGAAAAUAAGGUCAGAGGUUAUCCUACAUUAAUAGUAUAUAAGAACGGAGAGAGGAAAGAAGAGUAUAGUGGAGGAAGAGAUUUACCCAGUUUGGAAACAUUCCUUGAUAAAUUUGUGUUUACUGGUGAUAUGAAAGAAGAAAUCCCACCUGAAAUUGUGGAAGAAUUUAAGUCUCCUGUUUUAGAGUUGGAUUCAGAAAGCUUCCAAACCACCAUAAGUGAUGGAGUUACAUUCGUCAAAUUCUUUGCACCAUGGUGUGGACACUGUAAAAAUCUUGCUCCAAUUUGGGAAGACUUAUCUAAGAAAUUUGAGGGUAUGGAGACAGUGAAAAUAGCUAAAGUGGAUUGUACCGUAUAUAAAGAUAUUUGCAAAGAAAAUCAGGUCAGAGGUUAUCCUACAUUACUCAUGUUUAAGGAUGGAGAGAAGAAGGAAGAAUACAGUGGAGGAAGAGACUUAAACAGUUUGAGUUCUUUUGUCGAUAAAUACAAUUCUGACAGUGGCAGAAAAGAAGAAUUGUAAUCAGAAUUUAUUUAAAUGUAGAAGGAAAUAAAUGGUUUAAAGUUAAUAUUGAAAACAUUUGCAUUAGAAGGAUACUGUUAUUAUUGGGGAACGGGGAUAGGGCAGGAUAUGUCAAAACUUAAGCUUCUUUCAAUAGAGUUACUCAGGCACUUAGCAUUUAUUGUAAAUGCUGAAAAUUGCCAUAUUCCAGCUUUUACAGACAAUUACUGCCUUUUUUAGUUUAUAGUUAUUUAUCAUUAGUUGAAUAAAUUAUAACACGUGAACAAGGCAAAUAAGCUGUUCAUGCUUGCCAACUUUUCAAAAUCUCCAUUGGGCAUUUUAAGCACAAGAGAACCUAAUGCAUCUUUUGUACAUGUUAUAGGUGUUUUCAAUCUAAUAUACUAAGGUGUAGAAUGAUUAUAUAUUUGCUUAAAUGAUUUUUUAGCUCUUUUGAAUGCCUUUUUUGGGAUAUGUAGGUCAUAGUAUUGAGAAUUCAAGUGACAGGUCAAGACCACUUAAUUUGGAAAGAUGGCAGGUCUGUUAUAUAAAGUCUGUACUUUUUAAAGGGAAGAAAAAUAUUAAGGUUAAGAUUCAGAUUGCCCUUACUGGGUAUCAGACAAAUUGUCCUACUGAUGCAUCAUUCUCUUGUAAGGUUGUAUUCAUAAUUCUAUUUUAUUAUAUUUUGAUGAUGCAAAUUUGUGUUUUAAAUCAUUAUAGUGAAAUAUCAUUACUGUGAAUUCAUUAUUAUUUGCUGGUUACCAAUUUCCGUGGGUAAAGGUAAACCAUGAAUAUAUAUGUUCAUUGUUGAAGUACAAAUUGUCUAUAGGCUUGAAUGCUGAUUUAGGCAAAAACAACGAAAUCCAGUAUCCACGAAAAUACUAUUUUUCCUCAAUACGCGAAAAUUGGUAUCCACAAAUAUAAAUGAAUCCACAGUAAAUGGGAAAUAUAAGUUUUAUUUUCCAAUCUAGAAAUAGUGGUUGAUUCAGUGAGGCCAUUGUUAGGGGGUAGAGGGUAUUUAUUUAGGGGAGCCUUUUCUAGUGGUUGAACCAAUAAUUCUCCUGUAAAGGUAUCUUUUAGAAUAUAUAUAUAGACAUCCAAUAUAUUUUAUAAUAGAUCAGGAUAGAUAUUUUUAUUAGAUUAAAAGCUUGAUAUUCCAAGCAAUUUGUUAAACUAGAAUUUUAUUAAAGGGUAUAGUAGUUCCCAAUGUAUAUACAAAUACACAAAUUAAGAGACCUAGGAAAAACUUCACAUCAAUUGCAAUGAAGUUCAGUGAUGGAAAAUUUGUGUGCUAUUGGUACAGGAGUCAGUUUCACACAAAAAAUUUAUGAUUAAGACUGAUUGUAAGUAUACAGAAUUGUUCAUGACUUACGAUCAAUCUUAUUCGUAAGUAUUUUUGUGAAACUGACUCCUGACAGAUAGCUAGAGACCAGUAGGUCUAGGCUAUUCAUUGAAAUUUUACAAUAUCCAACAACAAAUUUUUAAAAAAAGGAUAGAUAAUCUUGCAUAAUUUUUAUUGUAAUAGCAUAUAAAUCUCCAUAAUUCUAGGAAUAUCUGCAAUGAUUUUGUCUGUAAUUGUUAUUGUGGUGCAGUAUUUUUUGUCAUGGUGCAAACAUUGAAAAUAUUCAAAAUGAAUAUGUCACAUUGUCAUUAUGUACAUCAUUAAAUGAUGGUCUGGAUGGGGUUUAGAGAAUAGAGAAUAAUAGGCAAAAAAAAUAAAAAGGAAAGAGAAAAUUGGCCAAAAAUUUAAGGAGAAGAGAGAAAUGGGCAACAAAUGAAAAGAAAGGGGUGAAAUGUCCUAAAUGAUUUAAGAAUAGAGAAAAAAAAUAAUAAGAAAUGAGAGAAUACACGAAAGAUGGCCCCUCACCCUAAACCCAGACUCAUGUAGAUAUUGUACAUUUGAAUCAAUUGUUAUAUUUUGACACUUGUUAAUUCGUGAUUAGUUGAAAUCUGUUAAAAUAACAGAUAGUCUCCAUGCAUUAUAUGUUGGUGUGAUAGGUAUUAUAUAUCUCUACUCGCAAAAUCGUCAGGGGUUGGAAAGCACUUUUUUAUGGUCAUCACCCAUACAAUUGCUUUUUACUUUGCAUAUAUAACCACACAAUUUUAACUUCUUGACCUGCCCCCACACACAAAAAUAUUUCAAGUGCCAUCCAACCCACUCCAUAUAUUUUUUUCUGGAAUAACCCUAAGUAGAGUAUUGUACAUACAUUAGAAGAUAUAUUUUUUUAAUUUUCAGUGUGAUUUACUGGUUUCUGGGUUCUUUUUGUUGUUUUAAACAUGACCUUCUAAGGCCAGGGAAAAAUGAUUAUUGGUUUCCCCUAACCCAACCGGGUCUAUUUUAAACCGCCGGGUUAUUUUAUUUUUUUCAGUCCAGCAAUGUUAACAAAUAUUUUUUCAUGUACGUUUUUCGGUUUUGUUGUUUUGAAACAUAACAAUGUCAAGGUAAUUUUUUUGCACCUUGGUUUCUAGAUCACUGAAGUGCAUAACUGAUCGGAAAGAUAACAAUGAUUUAAAGCGUGUUGCUCCCCCUGUUGUUUAGAUCCACAAAAUGGCCAACUCGGCACCAAGUGCCAGUUUGAAUACAUGGACACCAGUUCUUUAUGUUAUUAAAGUCACCCAAGUCAAGUAAAUAAAUAAUUGUUCUACAUGCAGUCUACAGCAACAAUAUUUGAUACACACAAAAAAAAAUCCUACCUGCCGGGCCUUGAAAAUGAAUGGGGAAACCAACAAUCAUUUUUCCCUGGCCUAAAUAACAAUUUUAGGGUUGUAUAUUUUAUGGUAUUAUUAUUGUAUGAAAUCCAGGGAUACUUGCAUCUGACGAAUGGUAUGGUCUCAGCAUGUGAUAAAAGAUUUUUUAAGUAAUAGUGGCAUUACUCUUUUUUUUAUGGGCAUAAAACCUGUAAUUUUUUUUUAUAUUAUCGCUAACUAUUGCUUAUGGUAUAUAUAAUGUUGAUGAUUCGUAAAUUGUGCACUGUAAACUCAAAAAUUCAUGCAGCCAAUCUAAACGUGAUUGAAAUGUUAAAUUUAUUUCUUCAACUGAGAUACCUUUUUUUUUUAAUUAAGCUUUCAUUAGAAUGAAAUUGUCAGUUCUAAAGCUAUUUGGAUUUGUUAAUUAAUUUCUGAGUUAACGGUAUCAUUUAUUUUUCUCUAUGUGCCAUUUCAUUUUGUUUUGCUUUUAUUGUUUAUAACCAUUGAUACAUAAUGAAUACAUCAUAGCCUUGGGCUGUUUUCUGCUCUUUGGUCGGGAUGUCUUUUUGACGCAUUCCCCGUUUCCAUUCUCAAUUUUAUUUAUGGGUCAAAGGUUAUUUUAAUAGUUUGCAUGAAAACUAUGACAGCUAUUAGUAAGUAACAAAUGCUUAGGGGUGCUAUUACAAUUUGAUUUUAGUUUUGUAAAUUUCACAUUUUGUUGGUUAAAAAUAUAUACAGUUUCAUUGAAAUCAGUGUUUAUUUAUUUAAUUCAUUAAUCUAUGACAAUUAUAAAUAUUCAUGCAGUCAUUAAAUUCUUAUUAUGAUAGCUUACUGUUGUCAUAGUAACCAAUAUUAUGUCUCAUACUAUUUUUUUCUAUUGCUUUUCCAUAAUAUGAUGGUGGAAUGUUAGUCCCCAGAGGUACCAUCAGCUCAGUAGCCAGUGCUUCGGUACUCACAUGAUAUAAUAUGAUGUGGGAUGUUAGUCCCCGGAUGUACCAUCAGCUCAGUAGCCAGUGCUUCGGUACUCACAUGGUAUCAUAUAUAGUAGUGUCAAGUGGAAUAAUUUACAAAAACAUAAUCAUAUCCUUGUGUAAUGAAAUUUUAAGAAUGUUUGAUUUGUAAAAAAAUGAACAUAUAAUGUACUAAACAAUUGUGUGGUUUGUCAGAUAUGUAUAUACAGGAAUAAUUGUGUUUUGGUUGUGUGGAAUUUAUUUUUUGUAUAGAUAAAGUGUAUCAGUUUGAUACAUGUGAAAAGUAUAUAUGAAUUUAAUCAUCAUUAAUAUAAAACAAGAUCAGUUUUACAAUAUAAACAAUUCAUGUGUUCACCAGAUUACAUGCAAUUGGUGAUGUCAAUUUUGAUUUUAUCAAGAGCUUUUGAACAAAUAGUUAGAUGCCAGUGUUACUCAGGGGAAAAAGCUUAAUUCAAUUACCUGGUUGUACACAUUUUUCUAGUUUAGUGGAGUUAUUUCAAUUUCAAAAUUAACUAGAUAAAAUUUAAUUGAUUCACAAACUUCUAAAAAUAUAGGAUUACUGAUGAAAAAUCUGUACUGUUAUUUGUUCAUUGAAUAAAAUUUAAGCAUGUGAUUGGUACAGCGUUAAUUUCAAAUCUUGGUGCAACAAAAAUAUCAUCAUGAAAUCACCAAGAUUAGAACAUAUUACUUGUGGUCGAAUUUAAAACAUAUUUAUAAAAUUUUGUUUAUUUGUACAUUAUUUUCUAUUAACACAUAUCUGAAAUUGUAAUUAACCAGAUAGCCUGUGUAGUCUUUGUGUUUCUUAAAAGUGUGGUGUGUGUGUAUUUAAGGGGAGUCAUGAACAUGAAAGAAAUGAUUUUAUGAAUGAAAAGUAACAUUUAGGAUUGAAUGAUGCAAUUCUACCUAUAUCCAUGACAAUUUGCCAAUUACAAUAUUUCUAUGCAAGAACACGAGAAAUAAAAAAAUUGACAAGUAUUGUGCACAUAUAAAAUCAUUUACUACCCUUUGUGUUUUUUUUUUCUUAUUAGAUUUACUAAUUCUAUUUUUAUUACAUCUUAUAAUUUUUUUUACAUAAUACCAUUUUUUGGUGUAUGAAAGCCUGAAUUUUGUGGCUAGAGCUGAAAUACUCCAACCUAACACACAUAUUUUCUUGCAAAUGUUUAAAAUAUUGUACUUUAAUAUUCAAUAAAAGCUACUUAAUUAGUUAAUAAUUUAUAAAAUCAAAACUGCUUCUAAAAAUGCAGAAUUCGUGUAACUUGACAAGUAAAGCUCUUUAUCUACAUAACUCAUAUUAAAAUGAUCACUUGUUAGAAAAAUGUUUACAGUUGGAGGAUUUAUGUUUUGAGACUUUUACAGAAAGAAAUCCAUUUAUUAACAAAACUAUUCUACUUAUGUGUUAAAUUGUUUAACGGUUUUUGUUAUCUUAUAUUUUUCACUUCUACAUUUAAAGUAAUGUUUACAUCAUUUCAGAUUAACUCUCAAAUUAUGGGUUAAUAAAUUAAGAAAUUAAUAAGAAACUUAAGUUUGAACUACAUCAGGGAAAGUUGACCAUAUGUGGAUUUGACUGUUAUUUAGGACCCUUUUGGUUAUAUAACUUUCCAAGUAUUCAAGUAUUUAUAAACAUUCUGUGCUUCACUUUUUGGGGGUUUGAUUAUUCUUGAUGAAGGUAAAUCCAGUGAAUCACUUUCGAUAUUCUUGAUCUCCAUAUUGGUAUAAAGUAUUAUUUUCAGACUGUAUAUUUUAAAAUCUAUACCAGGAAUUACAUUAUUCCUCCUAUGUCCGGAAAAUUGUGAAUAUCUUUAAAAAUUAGUUGAAAUAAUCAGCAACUUGCAGAAACAGUAUUCUGUCAAAAAUGUUUAAAGUCAUGAAUUUGGAAAAAUAAACUGAUACAUUGGCAGAAUAUUCACAUUUUCAUCAGAUGGACAUUUGUAACUUUAAUGUUGUUCAGUUAACAGAUUCUGAGGUUUACAAGGAUUUUGCUGAAAGAUUGUAACUAAUGAAAUACUAAUAAAGAAGUAGAACUUUUAGUUGUUUUAUGUCAUAUUGAUAUUUUUUGUCAUUGACAGAAUUUGGUGUUGAUUGGCAGAUCUUGCAUAAUUUCUGUUUAAAUAUUCUUUUGUAGAAUGGGGAUUAAUUAGAGCUUGAAAAUUUUAUAGACACCUGUUUUAUGUUGAAGACUGUUUUUACAUUGAGUUUUUUUUGUUGUUUGGUAACUGUCUCAUUAUUAAAGUUAUACCCACAUUUUCUUUAUACCUUUUAUAUCAUACUCUUCAGGCAACAAGAAAAUGCUCAAUCCAAAAUGGCAGUUUUAAGAACAUACCUGUAAAAUUAACAAUGAAUUCAUCUGAAAAAUUAAGACUGUUUCAAACAAACCUUUUACCUUAAUCAUGUUAAUAAUAUAUCAGAAUGCAGUGGCUGGGAAGAUCUGCUCAGUUCAGUGUAUAUUUUAGGAAUAGUGAUUUGAAACCUGUUACUUGUUGAAAAAAAAAAAAUUCCCUAGAUUACCUAAGUUGCAUUUGAGCAGUUUUCAAUUAUUGUUGUAAAAGAAUGGACAUAAGGCAAGCACACAUAAGACAACAGUGUUAUAAAAUACUCAUUAACCAGUUAAUAAUAAAUCUAUCUUAAUAUAAUUAACUGGCAAGUUGCAAGACAAUUUAGAGAAACUAAAAACAUCUUUUGUACUAAAAUGUUUUAGUCAUCGACUUUGCUAUGCAAGAUCAGUAAGGUAAUGGACAAGACAAUCUGAACUAUAUAAAGCAAUAUAUGUAAUGAUUUGAUAUGAACAACUCAUUUUCUUUUAAUUUUAUUUUAUAUACUAGUAUAUAUUCAAUAAAGAUUUGAUUUGUA